AUGAGUGCUCCAGAUACACCUACCUACUUCCCAUAUGAUCAAAAUAGAAAUUCUGAUAUAUUAGACGUAAUUUUACAAAAAUCGAUUCGUUUUUCCAUUCACCAAGAACCACUAUACGAACUCGAUUCAGACCAUUUGCCUGUAAAAAUUACAAUAGAUGCAUCUCUAUCAUUUUCAACACCCACCCGUAAACUUAUCACCGGCAAACCAGAUUGGGAAAAAUUCAAACAACAUAUCACUCAAAAUCUAAUUAUUCCCAAAAAUAUUUUGAACAUUCCCAAUGCAGAUAAUGCGGUAAAACAUUUACGCGAAAUCAUUUGCCAAGCGGCCGACACAUGCUCAGCAAAACAAAACACCAUAACAAAUUACAGUCCUAAUCAACUUCCCCAUACAAUAUUAAAAUUAAUCAAAUCAAAACAUCAAACGAGGAGACUCUGGCAAAUACAUAGACUACCACAAGAUCGAAAAAAAUUAAAUUAUCUAACAAAAAAGGUUAAAAACUCACUCGAAGAACACAGAAUUAACUGCUAUCAAAAAUAUUUAUCUACAAUCCACCCUGCUGACUCUAAUUUAUGGAUUGCAACCAAAAGAUUAAUCAAACCGAAUACCAAUGAAAUCCCCCCCCUUAAAAGCGGGAGAUGCUUAUCUAAAUACAGAAGCUGA